AUGGAUGGGGGCAACGGGCCCAGACUCAGAGACUUCCUGAAUGGGAGCCUGGCCACCUGGGCCUUGGGACUGGCUGGACUGGUGGGGGAGGCCGAGGAGUCAGAGGAGCCAGAGGGGGCCGAAGAGGAGGAAGGAGGGGGGCUCCUCUGCCCUGAGAAGAGCUUCCUGCGCCUCAGCGAUGGGGCCCUGCUCCUGCGGGUGCUGGGCAUCAUUGCCCCCAGUUCCCGAGGGGGACCCCGGAUGGUCAGGGGCCAUGACCGCCCUGCAGCCAGGCGGGUGCAGAAUCUGAACCACCUAUGGUGCCGUCUGAGGGACUUCUACCAGGAGGAGCUGCAGCUGCUAAUCCUGUUGCCACCCCCGGACCUCCAGACGCUGGGGUUUGACCCCUUCUCAGAGGAGGCGCUGGAGGCACUGGAGGGCAUCCUGCGGCUGCUGCUGGGGGCCUCAGUGCAGUGUGAGCACCGGGAACUCUUCAUUCGGCACAUCCAGGGCCUCAGCCUUGAGGUCCAGAGCGAGCUGGCUGAUGCCAUCCAGCAGGUGACGCAGCCUGGGGCAGGUUUGGUGCUGGCGCUGGCUGGGCCAGAGCCUGGGGACCUGGCCCCUGUGGAGCUGGAAACGUUGUCCCGGAGCCUGCUGGGGACACUGCUGAGGCUGGCUCGAGAGCGCGACCUGGGGGCCCAGCGGCUGGCUGAACUGCUGCUGGAACGAGACUCAGCCCCCUUGUUGCCUGAGGCUCCUGCCAGGACUCCCCCCGAGGGGCCCUCGCACCAUCUGACCCUGCAGCUGGCCAACGUCAAGGCCCAGUUGCGGCGCCUACGGCUGGAGCUGGAGGAGAAGGCUGAGUUGCUGCUGGACUCCCAGGCGGAGGUGCAGGGCUUGGAGGCUGAAAUUCGGAGGCUGCGUCAAGAGGCCCAGGCGCUGUCGGGUCAGGCCAAAAGGGCUGAGCUGUACCGCGAGGAGGCAGAGGCGCUGCGGGAGCGGGUCGGCCGCCUGCCCCGCCUGCAGGAGGAGCUGCGGCGCUGCCGGGAGCGGUUGCAAGUGGCUGAGGCCUGCCGGGGCCAGCUGGAGGAGGAGCGGGUACUCUCGGGGGCUUUGGAGGCCUCGAAGGUCCUGCUGGAGGAGCAGCUGGAGGCCGCUCAGGAGCGCUGUGCUCGCUUGCAUGAGACCCAGCGUGAAAACCUACUACUGCGGACUCGACUCGGCGAGGCCCAUGCGGAGCUGGCCUCUCUGCGGCAUCAGGUGGACCAGCUGGCCGAGGAGAAUGUGGAGCUGGAGCUGGAGCUUCAGCGUGGCCUGGAGCCACCCCCAGGCUCGCCUGAGGAGGCUCCCCUGCCAGGCGCUGCCCCCUCGCUGCAUGAUGAGGUACGGGAGGCAGAGGCCGGGCGCCUGCGCACCCUGGAACUGGAGAAUCAGGAGCUCCGAGGCCUGUUACAGGUGCUGCAGGGGCAGCCCGCUGGCCAGCCCCCCCUGCUGGAGGAGCAGAGCGAGGACCCCAUGGUUCCAGAGCAGGACAUGGCUGCCCAGCCCUGCCCGGCAGACCACCGUGGCCCCCAGGGCUUGGUGGGUCAAACUGGGGUUGAAGGCCCCCGGGUCUUGGGCCUGGCUCUCCCAGCAUCAGACUCAGCUCUUGAGGGGUUAGCUGAGUGUUCCCAAGCAUCUGAUUCAGACCCACACGUGCUGGAGAGGCCCCGCCAGAGCACUGCCAUGGCCCCCCAGCCCACAGAUUUAAUGCCCCUGGAGUCAGGCCCCACUGUGAACACACAGGAGUCUCUGGAGACGGCUGGCCAUGGACCUUCUCUCCAGACCCCUGCCUCCACCACCCCGCCUCAGGGUCCAGAGAUCAAAAUUCAAGCCCAGGUGUUGCCAGGAGGAGAGACAGGGAAGUCUGUGCCCGAGGCUCAGGGGCUGAGAUGGGAGGGUCCUGAGCACAAGCUGGGACCCUUGGAGUGCAGCAUCCAGGAGCAGCUGGGGGAGCAGGACAGCUCUAGCCAGGGGCUGGGCCUACCCAAGGAACAAUCAGAGGCCAGAGAGCAUGAGCAGAGGCCAAAGGAGAUGGUUGGGGACCCAGCCCAGCAAAAACCACACCUGAAAUCCGAAGGGGCUCCUGAGGUCCGGGUCUGGGAGGGGCUGACCCCAGGGGAGGUCCUAGCCAGUGCUGUCCCAGAACAGGCAGCCAUCAGGGAGGAGGUGGCACAGCUGAGGAGAGAGGCUGAAGUCCUUCGCGCUGAGCUAGAGGCCCAGGCCCGGAGGCUGGAGGCCCGAGGCUCGGAGGCUGCCCGCCUCUCCGAGGACUUGGCCCAGGCACGGAAGGCAGAGGCCGAGGCCCACCAGGAGGCAGAGACCCAGGCGGGGGAGCUAGCUCGGUUGAGGGAGGCCGUGGAGGCAGCUGGCCGGGAGCUGGAGGCUGCCUCUCGGGAGCGGGAGGCCUUAGCAGAGGCACUGACAGCCUCAGGCCGAGAACGGAGGCAGUGGGAACGCGAGGGGCCCAGGCUGCGGGCCAGGGCAGAGCUGGCCGAGGAGCGGGUGCAUGUGCUGGAGAGCGAGAGCCGCCAACACCAGGAGGAGGUGGAGAGGGAGCGCCAGGAGAGGCAGGCCCUCAAGGAGGAGCUCGAGAAGGCUGUGCAGCGGGGCCAGGAGCUGGGUGCCCGGCUGGAGCGUCUGCAGGGGGAGCUGGAGCAGGCGGCUGUGGAGCGUCAGGAAUUUCUGCGGCAACAGGAGAGUCAGCAUGAGAGGUACCAGAGCCUAGAGCAGCAGCUGGAAUCUGAGUUGCGGGCAGCAGCGACCAGCAAGGAGGAGGCCCUGAGGGAGCUCAAGACUCGGGCCCUGCAGCUGGAGGAGGAGCUGUUCCAGCUACGCCAGGGCCCCGUGGGGCUGGGCCCAGAGGAGCACCCUGAGCCGAAGGUCGCAGAGGCCCAGAGUGGGCGUCUCAUUGAGGUGGAGCGCAACAAUGCAACUCUAGUAGCCGAGAAGGCGGCUCUGCAGGGGCAGUUGCAGCACCUGGAGGGGCAGCUGGGAAGCCUGCAGGGUCGUGCCCAGGAGCUGCUGCUGCAGAGUCAGCGCGCACAGGAGCACAGCAACCGCCUGCAGGCUGAGAAGUCCGUCCUGGAGGUGCAGGGCCAGGAGCUGCACAGGAAGCUGGGGAUGCUGGAGGAGGAGGUGCAGGCAGCGCGGCGGUCCCAGGAGGAGACCCGCGGACAGCAGCAGGCCCUGCUGCGGGACCACGAGGCUCUGGCCCAGCUGCAGCGGCGGCAGGAGGCCGAGCUGGAGGGGCUGCUGGUCCGGCACCGCGAUCUCAAAGCCAACAUGCGGGCGCUGGAGCUGGCCCAUCGGGAGCUACAGGGCCGGCACGAACAGCUGCAGGCGCAGAGGGCCAGCGUGGAGGCUCAAGAGAUGGCCCUGCUGGCAGAGCGAGAGCGUCUGAUGCGGGACGGGCAUCGCCAGCAGGGCCUGGAGGAGGAGCUGCGGAGGCUGCAGAGUGAGCACGACAGAGCUCAGGCGCUGCUGGCGGAGGUGUCGCGGGAGCGAGGGGAGCUGCAGGGGGAGCGCGGGGAGCUGCGGAGCCGGCUGGCACGGCUGGAGCUGGAGCGGGCGCAGCUGGAGGCGCAAAGCCAGCGGCUGCGCGAGUCCAACCAGCAGCUGGACCUGAGCGCCUGCCGGCUGACCACGCAGUGUGAGCUGCUGACCCAGCUGCGGAGCGCCCAGGAAGAGGAGAACCGGCAGCUGCUGGCCGAGGUGCAGGCCCUGAGCAAGGAGAACCGCGAGCUGUUGGAGCGCAGCCUGGAGAGCAGGGACAACCUGCACCGCGAGCAGCGGGAGUACCUGGACCAGCUCAACGCCCUGCGCCGUGAGAAGCAGAAGCUGGUGGAGAAGAUCAUGGACCAAUACCGCGUGCUGGAGCCCGGGCCCCUGCCCCGGACCAAGAAGGGCAGCUGGCUGGCAGACAAGGUGAAGAGGCUGAUGCGGCCCCGGCGGGAGGGGGGCCUCCAAGGAGUCCCGCGCCUGGGGGCCGAUGGGGCUGGCAGCACCGAGAGCCUGGGGGGCCCCCCAGAGGUGGAACUCUCCGAGGGCAGGGAGGCAGAUGGGACAGGGUCCCCAUCCCCGGCACCCAUGCGCCGGGCCCAGAGCUCCCUCUGCCUGCGGGAUGAGACUCUGGCAGGUGGGCAGCGGCGGAAACUCAGCUCGAGAUUCCCUGUGGUGCGAGGUUCUGAGUCAUUCAGCUCCGGUGACACCCCCAGGCAGAGAUUUCGACAGCGCAGACCAGGGCCCCUGGGGACGACCAGCUCCCUCGGCGAAGGACCCUACCUGCGAUGGGACAACUCUGUUGAGACCCUGGAGGAACAUGAAGCAGAUGCCAACCGAGAGGGCCUCGAGGUGCAGGAACCGGAGAAACGUCCUCUCACCCCUUCCCUCAGCCAGUGACGUCCCGUGGCCCGGGAGCUGGGGAGCGCCGUCCUCUUCCCGCUGGAGCAUCAGUGGGGGCUCCAGGCAGCCCAAGAGCUUGGGGAGCCUGGGCUUCUGGAGCCGGUCCUUGGACAAGGAGUCCUGCACCUGGUCCCAGAGAUGCAGCUGGGAGGAGCCUGAGGACAGGGGCGAUGGCUGGCCCACAAGAGUGGGGCCUCGCCGGGGCUCUGGCUAUGCCACGAGGCCCUCGCUGAGGCGGUGGUCUCUGGAAGACCCCCCAGCGGAAGGGGGCUGGCGGGAGUGAGCGGAAGCACCUUACUGCCCUGGCCAGGACCGCUCCCUGGGGUCUGUGGCCUGGACACACCUCUGAGCGUGGCUGGACAGAGGGGGCAUGAGAAUAAAGCUGAAUGCGGAG